AAGAACAAAAAGGAUUUGGUGAGGAGUUGAGCUCUGCCGGCUUGUUUGUCAGCCCGAGUUGAGCAUCACUUUGCCCCGUCAGCUGGCCCAUCCGGGUUCAAUCAUUCUGGGGGGGAUUCUGGGUUCUGCUUCUUCAGCAUCCAACCAACAGCACUUGCUCCGGCUUCUAGCUCAAAUAACGCGUCAUUUUUUUUUUGUAUCCAUGAAGACGGCCUAGGCCUUGAACUUGACCCGAAAGACCGACGGGGAUGUAGCAAGCAAGCACGGCCUCAUCUCUUCGGACUUGUCUCGCUGGGGCGGGCUCCUUUACGCCUCGCAGCCUCACAUCACAAUCUGUUUUUGAUUUUGUAAUUGACGCAUAAUCAUCAAUCGAGAAGCUGCAGCGGCAUCUCUUGUUUCAAACAUGAGCGGCAAACGGGCUGUAUAUUUGCGGCAAUUCUGUCUGCAGUAGAUGUAUCAUGUAUGCUUCAGGACGCGCGACCGCCUCGGCUACGCAAGGGGUUCAACGCCGAAUAUGGAGGAGAUUCGGCGAAGUGGGCAUCUCUCCCAAUGGAUGGUGGAUUAGCCUGGCAACUGGGGUCUGGCACGCGCGAGAUUGCCGGAUAUUAUGGGCUGAGGGGCUUCUUGUAACUGGCGCGCGCGGCUUGGGGCUUGCGGGGGCUCGGGAGAGGAGGUUCGGAGAUUCGGAUUCGGUGAGAAGGGCGGGGAAGCUGAUUUCGGAGUACCUGCAUGGGCGGGAUGGGGAGGACGGACCAGGCCAGUUCGAGGCUAUUAUACGAUGUGACGUGAUCAUUGGCGAGAACGAAGCCACAGGGCGCGAUGUUGUUGGUGCCCGCACAGGCGAGUGGGUUGUCUUGAUCCAUCAAUUGGUUCUUUUUGCAGCUCGUUUGAUGGCUGAGAAGGGCUUAGAUCUUCUGUCUUCUGAUGGUAGCAAGUGGCGGCAAUGGAAUGAAGAAACAAUGGAGCUCCUAGAGCAAUUACGUUCAGCACCGGGUGAACUUUGCCGUGAGAUUGUAACUGGGCAGAGGAGACUAGGCUCAUGGAAGUAGAUGCAGGGGAUCUGUGCUGUGCCUAAAUUAUGCACAUCUAUAUUGAAAGUGAUUCGUUUCUAUACUCCAGUUGAUGAAGUAUUGCUGUUGAUGAGUUUUUGUGUAACUUGGAAUGUAAUAAUACGUUGAGCAGCACACAGAGCUAUUAAUUGACAAGUCUUUUCAGCUUUGAUGCUAAUUCUAGCCUUACUUGGCCUUCGAGCUAGAA